AUGCCUUUCUCCCAUAAUAAAAAAGAUUUGUUUAAAAGUGCCAUAGAAAAUGGACUUAUUACUAAAUUUGAAUAUAGUACUUUUGAAAAUAUUAUAAAAAUUGAAGGUGGAGGAUUUGGUAAAGUAAAGCGCGCUUAUUCGGAAACUCUAGGAAGAGAUAUCGCACUAAAAUGUUUACACAAUACAAAUAAUGAAUUUUGUAACAAAUUUAUGAAUGAGAAAUGCUAUCUAGUGUUACAAUAUGCUGAAGAUGGAAAUUUACGAACUUACUUACAUAAUAACUUUGAAGAACUUGAUUGGAAAAUCAAAAUUAGUAUGGCUAAAGAUAUUUCACGAGGUCUAUAUUAUAUUCAUCAAAAAAAUAUUGUUCACAAAGAUUUGCAUUCAAAGAAUAUAUUGGUUCAUGAAGGAAAAUUAAUGAUAACAAUUCUAGGGUCAACUCAUCAAUUAGAUGCCCCCUCAAAUUCCUUUGAAGGUGGAAUGAUAGCAUAUACGGAUCCCGAAUAUUUACGAAAUGCAAAAGCAUAUAAGAGAAAUAAGACAUCGGAUAUAUAUAGUCUAGGGGUUCUUUUUUGGGAAUUAUCAAGUGGAAGACCUCCAUUUUGUAAUAUUCAAGAUACGGAAACAUUGCAAAUUGUUGUUUCUGGUAAAAGAGAAGAACAUAUUAGAGGAACGCCAAUAGAUUAUAUCAACGUUUAUUCAAAUGCAUGGAAAGAUGAUUCAAAUCUGAGACCAACUAUAGAAAAGAUUUGUGAUUCUCUUGAAAAUAUUCAAUUAGAAAAUGUUUAUAAUACUUCUAAUGAAAAUAUUCAAUUAAAAAGCGAUGAAAAUAUUUCAAUGGAAAUGUUCGGUAAAGAUUCUAUUUCAAUUGCAUCAAUGAAUCAAAUUUCUUCGUUAAAUUUAUCAAAAUGGAAAAACGAGGGUAUUGUUAUUGAUGAGACACCUACGAUUUUUCAAGAUAAUGCUGUUCAAGAAAAACGUACAAGUAUUUCAAACUCAAAAGCAGCGAAAAAUGCUUCGGGUGUAUUUGGAGUUGUUGGAGAUGCUUUUCAACCUUAUCAACCUUUAUUUUCUACUAUAACCACUGUUAUUAAUGAAACAGUGGCUAUUUAUGAAAAUGCCAAAUAUAAUAAAAAUAUUUGCAAUUCUCUUAUGGACCGAUAUUUUAGGGCUUUCCAUCGUUUUGUUAGAGUCAUGAAUAAAAUAAAAUGGUUUAUGGAUAAUAUUUCUACACUUUCUGGAUUUCUAAAGCAUUUCCACGCCAAUUCAAUCAAAGAAAAGUUUGAAUCGCUUAUCAGUGAGUUUGAAUCCGUUAUGAAUGAUUUACAUUUUACAACGUCUUUAUGUAAUGAUGAUCAAAGAAGAAUUGAUCAAGAAAGUCUUAUUUCGGAUCUUGAAGAAAUGACAAAGUUUUUGAGUACUAUCGGUGAGAAUGUUAUUGAUUCCUAUCAACAAGUUAAUACGGCUAUUACGGAAAUUAUUAUUCUCAAAAAUCAAUUGAAGGAUCCCAAACCUAAUGCACCAUUAAUGGAGAUAGCGAUAGAUCCAAAGGAAUUAAAAGAUCCCCAAGAAGAUGUCGCAUGUAAAGCUUCAACUAUUGUUGAAGACCGAAAUGUUAUGGUUUUUGAAUGGGCAGAUUUUGGUUCACUUCAAGAAGUUUAUAUGAAAUAUGAUAUUGGUUUGCGUUCAAAAAUUCAAAUGGCUCUUGAUAUAUGUCGUGGUCUAGUUUUUUUACAAACAUGUGAUAUUCUUCAUGGCGAUAUUAGAUGCGCAAAUAUCAUGAUAACUAAACAACUUGUACCAAAAUUAUCAAAUCUCCAAUCCUUUCGUUAUAACAGACCGGAAACAAAUAGUUUACGUUGGAUGUCUCCUGAAAAGAUGUUGAGACAUGAUUUAGACUUGAACCAAAUCAAAGAUCACGUUUUAAAAGGUGGUCGAGAAAAGAUUAUUAUGAAUUUCACUUCACAAGAAACUCGAACGAUUCAAAAUAAGUUUUUUAAGAUUAUAAUUUCUG